AAGAAACAUGUGAGAUGUCUAAACUCUAAAGCAUGUUUGAUGGAGUAGCUUUAGCACAAGUACAAGUGGAUAGAUAGAGACCUAACCUUUGAUAGAGAUAUCCAAGACAGUACAUGUGAUCUCUUGUGAUCAUUUCUCACUUUGUAGACCCCAUUUUACAGCUUCAUUAAAAUUAUGUCUUCAGGAUAGCAACUAUAUAUACACUACUUCUUGUGUUCUCAACCAACACAAAUCAGUUGCAUCUCCUCAAGUAUUAGAACUCACAUACUUCUCUCAAACAAAAUCUUCAAUAACAAUGGCUUUUCACAUUCCAAGUAUUAGAAAAGCAUCACUUUCUGCAUCAAAAGGGACUAAUGUUCCAAAAGGCUAUCUUGCAGUCUAUGUGGGAGAUAAGAUGAGGCGGUUUGUGAUUCCUGUAUGUUACUUGAACCAACCUUCAUUUCAGGAGUUACUAAGCCAAUCAGAAGAAGAAUUCGGUUAUGAUCACCCAACCGGCGGCCUCACUAUUCCUUGCAGCGAGGAUACAUUCCUUAACCUCACUUGUCAAUUAAGUGGGCAGUAAAUUGGCUCAUAGAGACUGAGAUAGAUUAGCUGAGACAAAUUUUGUACAGAAGGCUCUUUCUUUUUGUUUUGAAGAUUGUCCAUUUCGGUCUCUUCAUUGUAUCAUUCCUUUGAAAGUGUAAAAAUGAAUGUAUGAGAGAAAGUUAUUGCAUCUCAUUUGUUAACUUCUUUCUAUACUUUUUAUUUUUGGCUUUUGUUGAA